AUGACAUUCGACGCCUUCUCCCCUCGGGAGGUGACCGAGAUGGUCUCAAAUGCCGGUGUCCUCAAGGGAAACAUGCGAUUAGACAAGGUGUUCAUGAGUGCUGUUUCUGCAGGCGCUUUGCUUGCUUUCGCUUGUGGAACUGCACUCAGCACGAAUGCGACACCCUGGUUCCAGACCAAUGCCCCAGGCUUGAUGCGAACAAUCAGCGCAUUGGUGUUCCCCUAUGGCCUGUGCAUGAUCUUGUUGACAGGUGCAGAUCUCUGCACUGGAUCUUUCAUGUUCACCACAACAGCCGCCCUCCACAGACGCCUACCCUGGACAAAGAUGUUAAUCCACUGGGUAGUAACAUUUCUCGGAAACCUAGCUGGAUCCCUAUUCGUGGUAGCAAUCAUCUUUGGCUUUGGCAACGUAUUCUCAGCAGACCCCUUCAAAUCAGCAGUAAUCUCAUUUGCCACGAAAAAGCAAGUAACACCAGAAUUUCACAUGAUCUUCUUGCGUGGCAUCGGUUGCAACUGGCUAGUCUGCUUGGCCUGCUUUUUCAGCCUGCAAGGACGCGACCUCGCAUCAAAGGUGAUUGGCAUCUGGUGGCCCACCUUCGCAUUCGUGUCUCUGGGGUUCGACCACGUUGUUGCCAAUAUGACUUUCAUCCCGAUGGCCAUUUGGGUUGGUGCGCCUGAUAUCAGUGUGGGUUUAUACAUUUGGAAGGGUGUCAUUCCAACCCUUCUAGGAAAUAUCGUUGGUGGCGGUGUGUUCUGUGGUACUUACUAUUGGUAUAUGUAUCUGCUUGACUUGAACACUUUGCCUUUAUAUGGAACGAAACGGUUUGAUAGUCCGCUGCAGUCGGAGCAGGCGACGUUGAAGGAGACCAAUGUUGAGGCUUCAGCUGGGCUUGUUGGAUCAUGA